CGCGCGCACCGCCCCUCGCACCCGUGCGCACGCGCGGCCCCACCCCCGUCUCACGGGCGCUCGGAGCCCGAGUCCGCGGGAAGAUGGCGGCUCCGCUCAUCCCGCUCUCCCAGCAGAUUCCCACUGGAAAUCCAUUAUAUGAAUCUUAUUAUAAGCAGGUAGACCCGGCAUACACAGGGCGAGUUGGGGCGAGUGAAGCUGCGCUUUUUCUAAAGAAGUCCGGGCUCUCAGACAUUAUCCUUGGGAAGAUAUGGGACUUGGCCGACCCAGAAGGUAAAGGGUUCUUGGACAAACAGGGUUUCUAUGUUGCACUGAGACUAGUGGCCUGUGCACAGAGCGGCCAUGAAGUUACCUUGAGCAAUCUGAAUUUGAACAUGCCGCCGCCUAAAUUCCACGAUACCAGCAGCCCUCUGAUGGUCACGCCGCCAUCCGCAGAGGCCCAUUGGGCUGUGAGGGUGGAAGAAAAGGCAAAAUUUGACGGAAUUUUUGAAAGCCUCUUACCCAUCAAUGGUUUGCUCUCUGGAGACAAAGUCAAGCCAGUCCUCAUGAACUCAAAGCUGCCUCUUGAUGUCCUGGGCCGGGUCUGGGACCUCAGUGACAUUGACAAGGAUGGGCACCUGGACAGAGAUGAGUUUGCUGUGGCGAUGCACUUGGUGUACCGAGCCCUCGAGAAGGAGCCUGUGCCCUCUGUCCUGCCUCCAUCCCUCAUCCCACCUUCCAAGAGGAAGAAGACCGUGUUCCCAGGCGCUGUGCCCGUCCUGCCUGCCAGCCCCCCACCGAAAGACAGCCUCCGCUCCACGCCUUCCCACGGCAGCGUCAGCAGCCUGAACAGCACGGGGAGCUUGUCCCCCAAGCACAGCAUCAAGCAAACACAGCCAACCGUGAGCUGGGUGGUGCCGGUUGCGGAUAAGAUGCGAUUUGACGAGAUAUUCCUGAAGACCGACCUGGACCUGGAUGGCUAUGUGAGCGGCCAGGAGGUGAAGGAGAUCUUCAUGCACUCGGGCCUCACCCAGAACCUUCUAGCACACAUAUGGGCCCUGGCUGAUACGAGGCAAACAGGGAAGUUAAGUAAAGACCAGUUUGCAUUAGCUAUGUACUUCAUUCAGCAGAAGGUCAGUAAAGGCAUCGACCCCCCUCAAGUCCUGUCACCGGACAUGGUCCCGCCCUCAGAGAGAGGCACUCCUAUCCCGGACGGUUCAAGUUCUCUUGGAUCAGGGGAAUUUACUGGUGUGAAAGAACUUGAUGAUAUCAGUCAAGAGAUCGCCCAGUUACAAAGAGAGAAGUACUCCCUGGAGCAAGACAUUAGAGAAAAGGAAGAGGCAAUCAGACAGAAAAGCAACGAAGUACAGGAAUUACAAAAUGAUUUAGACCGGGAAACAAGCAGUUUGCAAGAGCUAGAAGCUCAGAAACAGGACGCCCAAGACCGCCUUGACGAAAUGGAUCAGCAGAAGGCCAAGCUCCGAGACAUGCUGAGCGACGUGAGGCAGAAGUGCCAGGACGAGACUCAGAUGAUUUCCUCAUUGAAGACCCAAAUCCAGUCUCAGGAAUCUGAUCUCAAGUCCCAGGAAGAUGACCUGAACCGGGCCAAGUCGGAGCUGAACCGAUUGCAGCAGGAAGAAACCCAGCUGGAGCAGAGCAUUCAGGCUGGGAAAGUUCAACUGGAAACCAUCAUCAAGUCCCUGAAAUCGACGCAAGACGAAAUCAACCAGGCACGAAGCAAGCUUUCCGAGCUGUGCGAGAGCCACCAGGAAGCCCACAGGACCCUGGAGCAGUACGACGAGGCACUCGACGGGGCCCACGGCGCCAGCCUGACCAACUUAGCCGACCUGAGCGAGGGGGUCUCCCUGACAGAGAGGGGCGGUUUUGGAGCCAUGGAUGAUCCUUUCAAAAAUAAAGCCUUGUUAUUUAGCAACAAUGCCCAAGAAUUGCAUCCGGAUCCUUUCCAGGCUGAAGACCCCUUCAAAUCCGACCCAUUUAAAGGAGCUGAUCCCUUCAAAGGUGACCCAUUCCAGAAUGACCCCUUCGCAGAACAACAGACAGCUUCAGCAGAUCCAUUCGGAGGGGAUCCUUUCAAAGAAAGUGACCCAUUCCGUGGCUCUGCGCCUGACGACUUCUUUAAGAAACAGACAAAGAAUGACCCGUUUACCUCAGACCCAUUCACGAAAAACCCUUCCUUACCCUCAAAGCUCGACCCCUUUGAAUCCAGUGAUCCUUUUUCAUCCUCCAGUGUCUCCUCAAAAGGAUCAGGUCCCUUUGGAACCUUAGACCCCUUCGGAAGCGGGUCCUUCAGUAGUGCUGAGGGCUUUGCCGACUUCAGCCAGAUGUCCAAGGUAAAAGUACACCUGUAAGCCAGCUUGGUUCUGCAGACUUUCCCGAGCCCCCCGAUCCAUUCCAGCCACUUGGGGCUGACAGCAGUGACCCGUUCCAAAAUAAAAAGGGGUUUGGGGACCCGUUUAGUGGAAAAGAUCCAUUUGCUCCCUCCUCUUCAGCUAAACCUUCUAAAGCCUCUUCCUUGGGCUUUGCAGACUUCACCUCUGUAAGUUGAGUUCCCUGUGCGCCACCCCUCCACCCUCCGCUUGCAGCUUCUUUGGGGUUCCUUUUGUCUCUUUGAAAUGGCACACCUGGCUUCUGUCUCCUGGUACCUCUACGCUAUGCCUUGUGUUAUUUAUUCUGUACUGCUGCUUUCUGUAAGAAAAACAAUUUCUCAAUAAAAAAAGAAAAAGAGCUGCAGUUUGGAUACUCUGUGGUCAGGCCAUGCUUUCUUCCAGCAGGGCGGCCGGAUGUGCCCGUUUCUGUCCUUCCUGGUAGAUUCUGUUGUUUCUGUGGCCCGGAGGCCGUGGUGUUCAUGGAUUUUUGGAAGCUGAGAUGUCAAACGCUUCCGAAGUAUGCACACGAGAUCGCAAAAGUCCCAUUAGGGUUUCACUGUCCCCAAAAGGGUCUUUGUGCAAGAGUUGUGACGGUCCCACCCCAGGGCAUUUUGAGCAGCAAGUAAGGAUUGAAGAACCCAGGCAGGGCACGCAGAGGAAGAGCAGUUUGGUCUUUUAGAACUUGCUUCAGUUCCCAGCCACGACGGGAAGAAAUCCAGCCUAGAACAACUGCUCUGAAGGCCUUUCCCCUUGCCAAACCCAAACCCAAACCCAAACCCAAACCCUCGCGGAGCCAUUUAGCAAAGUGGUGAAGUUGCUUUUCAGAAGCUAAUCCUGGGAUCUGGAAAGCCUGGCUGUUGUUUCUCGGUGUGCAAAAAAGAUUCCGGAUUGCCAAGUGCUGUCACGUGGGGGUAUUUCCAGCACCUUCCUCGGUACCAAGAACCUUGUUCUCAGAGAGCUUCAGAUGUUGUCUUCCCAGAAUUGGUUUCACCGUCUGUGGCGCACUGUUCUUACAUUCGAAUUUGCAGGGUACUUUGUUUCCUGGUUUGGUGCGAGAUGCAUUGUUUAAUAGACGCCCUGACUCCUAGAAUAUCGGUCUUAAAACCAGCUCUGCCCUGUCGGUGCCCGGUGAGCGCCCAAUUUGCUUCAGAUCCACCUCGUGCACGGCUGUCCUGCAGCUUCCCUGCCGUCACCCAAGACGCCAGCGCGGUCCCGGCUCUGGGCGACCUGUAAAUGUUUUACAACUACAGUUAGCUCGAUUUUGUUGAUAGCCGGUGCACGCCGUGGAUGUAUCCAAACGGCGACGGUAUUAAUAAAAGCCAAAAACAAAACCCGCUUUAUCUACCAUUUCUUGAAUAGUACUGCAUUUGUGUUUUGGUGGAAAAAAAAAUUUCCAGUGUCGAGAAAAAGAGAGCUAUUCAUGCAGGAAUCAGGUACUCUGUUUUGGGUAGGGAAGAGGGGUAAGUAGAUGUGAUUGGGAAUUUGGAGAAAUGACUGUUCUCUUUCUGAAAUGCAUGAUUCUGUUUCUGUGCCCCACCCCGCACCCAGUGGCUGGUUGGGGGAGAAUAUUAAAAAAAACAACAAAAAACGCUGAGGUGUUACGCUAUCGUUUGGCCCAAUAUUUCUGGUCAUUCCAGAAACACCCCCAGUAUUGAAUCAUCCUUGUUUCCCCGUGGGGGAUCAAGUUCUGCCCCAUUUGUUCUUUGUUUAAAAUCACUUUUCCCGCUUCAGAUGCCCCAGUUUUUCCAGAGGAAACAUCCGACAGCGGGCUUUGGCCCCUCUGAGCGCGUGGAGUACGGGAGAGGCAUGACACCUGACUGGCCUGGUUUGUCCCCUUUGGUCAUACCAUAGUCCCCAAAUGGCCAGCCUGUCCCACCUCAGGGCACUUAGGAUGCCUUUGCAUUUUUGUGACAUCCGGGGACCCAGUCCGUUGGCCAGGGGUUUCUGGUUCGCGGGACCUCGGAGGUUUGUGCUAACUCAGGACAGGCGGGAGUUGGGCCCUCCAGGCCGUGUAUUUCCGUUUCCCCGAGGUACAUGCUGGGAGGUCUCUUACUGCCCAGCGGACUGGCGGCGUGGCUCCUUCAGCGCGGAUGGUUCUCAAGUGCCACCAGGACAUGCUGUCAGCUGCGUUGGACUUCAGGGAGGCUGAUGGCACACGCGUGGGCAGCCCCCCCAGGCGCCCCGGCUCUGCCCCUCUGGAAGCCUCUCACUGACGAGCCCCGAGUUUCCAUCAAUGGGUUACCUGUGCUUGUAGCCGUUCACAGGAAACGUCUCCGAGAUUUGUUUAAAAACAAGACUUUCUGUCUCAGGCAAAUGUGUUUAUUAGGAAGUAGCCUUUAUAGGGUAGCAAAAUGGCUCUUUUUUCUGCAAGUCUGCACUAAGAGCAGAGCGACUCAGAUGGGAUGUGCCGCGCCGGGGGUCGUCGGACCAGUUGGAUGUGACCCUGACAGCAGCGGGAGUGAGCCAGCGGGAGGCGGCUGCAGGCGGCCCGUGCGGGGCAGGGCGGGUGCUGUUGGACGCCUCAGCCCCGGUGAGCAGUGGCCCCGGGUGCGCACCCUUCGUGUGUGCAGCCAUCUGAACCCCGGAUUUCUGCCGAGAGGCUGCUGAAGGAAAACUGCUUGGCGUUCGCCCCGUGCCCGGGAGAUGCCUUGGGUGGUGGCAUUCUGUGCCCCGCUGUCUCAGCUCCAGGACGGCGCAGGGGUGAAGCAGGAGUCACCUGCCGCUCCUGGAGUGGCGGCUGCACCCACAGGUGCCCCAGGUUCUGGCCGUCACGGUGCAUGUGGGUCGGAGGACCAGAGUGACCUAGUCGAGGAGUCUCCACCGGGGCCAGGAGAGGCUCUUCUGCUGGUUGGAGGCCCAGAGGGACCCUCAAGCAACCCUCCUCCUCCGGGUCCUCUCUCUCGGACACCAUGGUCCAGCCUGCUUCUCAAGUGCGCACAAACCCCAGGCGGGAUCCAGAAGCUGGCCUCAACCCAGUCUGCUCUGAAGGCAUCUGGAAUGUUCCUGUCAGCACAUUUCAUUUGAAAAUGGGGACCACUUGAGCAGGAGGCUCUGCAGGGACAUCCCGAGACUCGGGCUGGGCGGGAAUCAUGGUGUGGCCCCGUGGCCUCCACUGAUACUUGACCCCUCCUGGCCUGGCUUCUAGGCCGUGGCUGGGUCAGCCUGGCCGUUACUUGUCAGCCCCCACCUUCCCCUCCUCUGGGCUGACAGAGGGCGAGAUCCCUGUCAGCAGCACUGGGAAGCCGUUUCUGCCACUAUUUGUGGUUUUUUCCUUGUUUUUCUCCUGAUGAGGUGUUGGAAAAUCCCCCAGAGAGUGCGGGGGUGGAGGCUCUCUGUGAUGGAAACAGGAGGGGUGGGGACCAGACUCCAGGGAGUCCUACUUGGAGACCCAUCAGGCCCUGAACAUUUUUCUGGGUAGUUUCUCUAAGAAACUAGGACUCAGCCUUUCUUCCUGGGGAUGGCUCUUCUUCAUGCUGACCCUGUCCGUACCUGUCGCUACCUGACCCCCCAAGGCCCGGUGGAGGGAGGCCUCCUCUCCUGCCCCACCUCCUUCUCCAGGCCACAUGUGGCUCCCUCCACGGCCCCCACCCCCACCACACCUGCACACAAGCCCCUGGCAGCCCCUCCCACCCCGUGCUGUUCUGGCAGCACCAGGCUUGGGUGCUCGGCGCCCCCCACCCAGCGCCUCACUCCGAAGGUGCCCUGUUGCCCCAACUCUGCAGCUGUAGCUGGCUGCCCCCGCCCCCCUCCACCCAGACCCAGACCCAGAGAGAAGGUCCAGCAUGUUGAGGGCCCAGGCUCUGCAGCCACCUCCCCCCUGUCCCCAGGCCUCCGCAUCCCCACCUGUCAGAGGAGCUCACCCCCCAGGUUGUCGCUCAGACUCAGUACAUGUGUGCCGAAGUAGCCGUGAAUUUCUGUCGUGCUUCCUUCCCCGGUGCUCCCAGUGGGGUCUGUUCGGGCCUUCACGAAGCCCGUGUCAGAUCGGGAUUGUCUGUAUGUCUGCUCCCAGGGGGCGCCUUUCAGAGGGCCGGCCUGCCUCUUUCUUUGGUGUCCUCCUGUGCUUAGCAGAGAGCCGGCAGAGCUGAGGCCGAGAAGAGAGACUCGAAGGGACCCGAGCCCAUGGACAGGCCGCAGCUUUGCUCGGGGGAGGGGGGGGGAGGGGGGGAGGGGCCUGUGACUCAGGCCCGUGGGAGAACCAGAGACCCACACCCGGGGAAGAGCAUGUGAGAUCUAGCUUUGCUGUGCUCCCUGUAGAGCUAAGGUGCCUUGGAUGGUUUGAAAUCACCCAUCUUGUUUAAAAGUUUCCUCCUUUGUUUAAAAAAGUGGUUUUUUUUAUUGGACCUUUCGGAAAAGGACAUCAAGAGCUCCUGGACGGAUCGGCAGCGUAAAUGCCAGGGCUCCUAUAAAUGCUCAAGUACGAGGUGGCUCCUGGUGGGCCCAGAGCUCCCCGGGCCGUGGCUGGGGUAGCGAUGCCACAUCGCAAGACCGUGUCGUCUGCGCGCGUUUGAAACGCAGCGCCGUGCGUGUGCCAGAACUCUCCAGUCCCGGCGCCUCCCACCCGCUGGUGUCGUCGGCCUGUCAUC